GAAAUAUUAGUGUUUCCGCAUUUAUGGGUGCAGUUCCUGGAGGAUAAUACACAUCUGUAGCGGCUCUGUAAGUUGUACAGCAUGUCAGUGUAACUGUCAGAUAAACUUCACACUCGAGUGUUGCCAGUAAUUUCUCGUACAAUGAGUAAUUCAGUAACUUCGGCUACUUACAUUCGCAACCUCAGUUACAGUUUACGUCGCAGGUUGUCGGAUUUUUUGGACCCUCAAGACAAGUGGAAAGAUGUUAUUGUCUCGAUACGGAAGCCGAGUGGGGAGCCGAGGUACUCACUGCAUCAUGUGAGGAGGUUUGAAGGCCUUGUUGCACAGGGGAGGAGUCCCACAGUUGAGCUGCUGAAUGACUGGGGGACCACCAACAGUACAGUGGGUGAACUUGUGGACAUUUUGAAGCAUCGCAAGUUACUGGCUGCUGCUAGUGUCCUGUUACCUGUGGAAGAGGCCCCCUCAGAGGCAGAGGCACAGCCAGUCUCUCCAGUAGUAGAAAGAGACAGUGAGCGUCCUACCAGGCUACUGACAGAGAGCGAGACACAGCCGCUGCCUGUCAGCUACACUCUGCAGCCACAGACUCUACAGGAGAGCAGUGAACCAGGACAAACAGGUUUCUCCAGUUUCAUGUACCAUGACCUGAUGGAGAUUACCGGCAACUUUGAUGACCGUCCCAUGUCAGACGGAGGCAGCAGACUUGGAGAGGGAGGCUUUGGCACUGUAUACAAAGGUCUCCUGAAUGACACACCUGUUGCAGUGAAAAAGCUCAACCCAAUGGAGGACGUUUCACCGGACGAGCUGCAUGUUCAGUUCUAUCAAGAGAUCCAAACUCUGAAAGUGUUGAAACAUGAGAACUUGGUUGACAUGGUUGGAUUUUCCUGUGAUGGGCAGCACCCAUGUUUGGUGUAUGCCUUUAUGGCCAAUGGUUCUUUGCUAGACCGACUGGCUUGCUUGGAUGAUAGUCCCCCACUGUCCUGGAGACAGAGAUGCUUGAUAGCUGAGGGGACAGCACGAGGCCUGGAGUAUCUGCACAGCAACCAUCAUAUCCACAGAGAUGUUAAAAGUGCAAAUAUCCUGUUAGAUGAAAAACUUGUGGCAAAGAUCUCAGACUUCGGGCUGACGAGAGCGUCGGCCAAACGGACGUCAACAACCAUGAUGACAGAGAGGAUUGUGGGCACCCGUGCAUACAUGGCACCCGAGGCCCUCAGAGGAGAGAUCACACCAAAAUCUGAUGUCUUCAGCUUUGGAGUGGUGUUGCUAGAAAUAUUGUCUGGACUCCCGCCAGCCUGUGAAAACCGGGAGCCACAAUUCUUGAUGGAGUUUACGUAUGACAUAGAUGACGAAGACGAGGAGCUGACUCUGGAGGCCUUUCUGGACAAAAAGAUGGGAGACUGGGAGCUGAGCCAGGUGGAGACUACUUACUCUUUGGCUUGUAACUGCCUCCAUGACAGGAAAAACAGACGGCCAGUCAUCAAACAGGUCCUGUCCGAACUUAAAGGGGUUGUCAAAAGCAUAUCAGUGGAUUUUCAGGCAUAGCAUCCCAGAGAGGAAACAAGAUAUCUACACCUGCUCCAAUCAAUGCGCAGACUGAUUGAAUAUAUUUCUGUCAGAUAAAUUAAUGUUGCUUGUUGACUGUGACUGGCCAAAAGGUAUUUUUUGGAUCAAUAUCUCUUUCUUUUACCUUAUUUUAGAUAAUUUACUAUAUUUUUGCUAAGAAGCAUGUAGCUCAGGUUUUAGUGUUUCUACCAUGUAUUUAUUGUGAAUACAGUAAAAGGAAUAAAAUGA